UUUUAUGGCCCUCUGUUAUCAUGGGUAAAGAGUAAGGAAGCACAGUACAGUAACCUUACAAGGGAGCCAUGGCAGCCUGCACUUCUCGUCAUUUGUGGUAUUUCCUAAGAACAGCAGGGUUUCUUUUUUGCUGUGUUUUCGCCUGGUACUUCGGAAGAUCAGCUUUUGAUUUCGGCUGUGAAUGGUCUAACAACCGGUUCAUCUCUGCAUCCGUGGCUAGACUCCACAGAGAGACGAGACCUCAACAGAAACCAGCUGGAGUUCCUGUGCCAGGGAGACAGAAGUGCAACCGUUGGUCCAAGUGUCCACCUGGGAAGUUUGCCUUCCAGAUACUUAGUGGUGGAGGGAUCCAAAAACAGCCCAAAAUCUGUUUCGAGAAUGCGAUGAUUAUUGAUGGACAUAAUGCUGGUAGAGGAAUCAACAUUGCAGCAGUUGAUGCAUCCUCAGGAGAGAAGAUAGACAGUGCUUCUUUCAACAUGUGGCAAGGAGAUAACUCUGUGGCAUUGAUCAACUUCCUCCACAAGAUUUCUAAUGGCUCUUUUAUAUUGAUGGCAACUUAUGAUGAGGGAAGCACCAAGCUGAAGCCAGAAGCAAAGAAGGAAAUAGAAAGCCUAGGAAGCACUAUCAUUGGAAAAAUUGGCUUUCGUUCCAGCUGGGUCUUCUUGGGGUCUAAAGGAUUCACAAUUCCUGAAGACAUUAAUAAAGAAAAGAUACUCUACAGUAACAGCAAGACUAACAGAUACAAAGGCUGGCCAGCAGAAGUACAGAUUGAUGGAUGUGUUGGGCACAUUUAAAAAUAUUAUUGUCAAUUCAUGUUUUUGUUGUUUUACUGAAUGAGAAUUAUUUUGAAUUAAAAUUAGAAUGAGACACACGCUUACGCUCAUCAAACUACUUUUGGCAGCAUACAACUUUUAUAAAUACUUUGUAAUCUCAUGAGGGUAAUCAAAUAAGUCAAAUAAUAUACAGUAUCUUUAUCAAACAUGGACAAAAUACACUAUCCCUGAAAAAUUCAAGUCAACAGGCACUGGAAUGUUCCAUGUUCAUUGGCAUCUCCAUUAGUUGUUCUGUAAAGAUAGAUUUAGAACUAAUUAAACAAACAUACUGCAAAGUAAUGUACUUAAUGUAACUGUCUGAUAUUUUCUAUUACAGUUUUCUUUUAUAUAACUUUUUACCUUUAGUUGUGUAUAUGUCCAAUCAAGAAAAUCGGGCACAUUUCCAUAAAUUCCUGGCUUGUUCCUAAGUGCACACCCUAUUCCCCAGCUAGUGUCCCCAACCAGCCACCAUCGAA